GUCGCAGCUUCACGUUGCAGUACAGCCAGGCAGAAGUUUAAUUUGAGUCUUUUUAGCCGGUUUUAAACCAGAAUCAAACCGUCUUUCCGAGCGUCGACUUGUACCCGUACACACAGGCAGGAUGGCGGAACCACUGAAGGCCUUUCUGGAAAACAAGCCAGCAGAAAAGACAAAGAAGGAUCCGAAGCGGCUGUCGGUGGAGAGGAUCUAUCAGAAGAAAACGCAGCUGGAGCACAUCUUGCUCCGACCAGACUCGUACAUCGGUUCUGUGGAGCCUGUCACUCAACAAAUGUGGGUGUAUGACACCGAUGCUCAGCUGAACUGCCGUGAUGUGACGUUUGUGCCCGGACUUUACAAGAUCUUUGAUGAGAUCCUCGUAAAUGCAGCCGAUAACAAGCAGAGGGACAAAAGCAUGUCGUGUAUCAAGGUCAACAUCGACGUUGAAAACAACACCAUCAGUGUGUGGAACAACGGGAAGGGUAUCCCUGUGGUGGAGCACAAGGUGGAGAAGGUCUUUGUGCCUGCUCUCAUCUUCGGGCAGCUGCUAACCUCAAGUAACUACGAUGACGACGAGAAGAAAGUCACUGGUGGACGUAAUGGAUACGGUGCUAAGCUCUGCAACAUCUUCAGUACGAAGUUCACCGUGGAGACUGCCUGCAAAGAGUCCAAGAAGUGCUUCAAGCAGACUUGGUACGACAACAUGGGCAGAGCCGGGGAAGCCACCAUCAAACCUUUCGACGGAGACGACUACACCUGCAUCACGUUCAGACCUGAUCUGCCCAAGUUCAAGAUGAGCAUCCUGGACAGGGACACGGUGGCUCUGAUGACCAGGAGAGCCUACGACAUCGCCGGCUCCUCCAAGGGCGUCCGGGUCUUCUUCAAUGGCAAGAGGCUGCCGGUUACUGGCUUCCGGAGCUACGUGGACCUGUACCUGAAGGACAAGGUGGACGAGCUGGGCUCUCCCCUCACUGUGAUCCACGAGCUGGCCAACGAGCGCUGGGAGGUUUGCCUCACCACCAGCGAGAAAGGCUUCCAGCAGAUCAGCUUUGUCAACAGCAUUGCCACCACCAAGGGAGGCAGACACACUGACUACGUGGCCGACCAAGUGGUGGCGAAGCUCAUUGAGGUGGUGAAGAAGAAGAACAAAGCCGGAGUGGUCGUCAAACCUUUCCAGGUGAAGAACCACAUGUGGCUGUUCAUCAACUGCCUGAUCGAGAACCCCACCUUCGACUCGCAGACCAAAGAGAACAUGACGCUGCAGCACAAGAAGUUCGGCUCCACCUGCAGCCUCAGCGACAAGUUCUUCAAGCAGGCUGCGUCCUCCGGAAUCGUGGAGAGCGUCAUGAACUGGGUGAGGUUCAAGGCUCAGUCCCAGCUCAACAAGAAAUGCUCCGCAGUGAAACACACCAAAAUCAAGGGCGUGCCGAAACUGGACGACGCCAACGACGCAGGCGGGAGGAACUCUAUUGGCUGCACGCUGAUCCUCACUGAGGGAGACUCGGCCAAGACGCUGGCCGUGUCUGGGCUGGGAGUCGUGGGAAGAGACCGCUACGGAAUCUUCCCUCUCAAGGGAAAAAUCCUCAACGUGCGGGAGGCGUCGCACAAACAGAUUAUGGACAACGCAGAAAUCAACAACAUCAUCAAGAUUCUCGGUCUCCAGUACAAGAAGAACUACAGCGACCCAGAAUCCCUCAAGACUCUGCGUUACGGAAAGAUCAUGAUCAUGACAGAUCAGGAUCAAGACGGCUCCCACAUCAAGGGCCUGCUCAUCAACUUCAUCCACCACAACUGGCCCUCGCUGCUGCGCCACAACUUCCUGGAGGAGUUCAUCACUCCCAUCAUCAAAGCGUCGUUCAAGAAAACUCAGCUGUCGUUCUACAGUCUUCCCGAGUUCAAUGAGUGGAAGGAGAGCCAGCCCAACCACAGAUCUUGGAAAAUCAAAUACUACAAAGGUUUGGGAACUAGCACAUCUCAGGAAGCCAAGGAGUACUUCUCUGAUAUGAAGAGACACCGGAUCCCCUUCAAGUACUGUGGACCUGAGGAUGAUGAAGCUAUUACCCUGGCCUUUAGCAAGAAGAAAGUGGACGAACGGAAAGAGUGGCUCACCAACUUCAUGAUGAACCGGCGCCAGCGCAGAGAGCACAACCUGCCCGAGGAUUAUCUGUACGGUCAGGCCACCACGUCUCUUUCCUACAACGACUUUGUCAACAAGGAGCUGGUUCUCUUCUCCAACUCGGACAAUGAGCGCUCCAUCCCCUGCCUGGUGGACGGCCUGAAGCCGGGUCAGAGGAAAGUCUUGUUCUGUUGCUUCAAGAGGAACGACAAGCGGGAGGUGAAGGUGGCCCAGCUGGCCGGUUCGGUGGCCGAGAUGUCUGCCUACCACCAUGGAGAGAGCUCUCUCAUGAUGACCAUCAUCGGCUUGGCUCAGAAUUUUGUGGGCAGCAACAACCUGAACCUGCUGCAGCCUCUGGGCCAGUUCGGCACGAGGCUGCACGGCGGCAAGGACUCGGCCAGCCCUCGAUACAUCUUCACCAUGCUCAGCCCGCUGGCUCGCCUUCUCUUCCCGCCGGUGGACGACAACCUGCUCAAGUACAACUACGACGACAACCAGCGCAUCGAGCCGGAGUGGUACAUCCCCAUCAUCCCCACCGUGCUGGCCAACGGCUCCGAGGGCAUCGGCACCGGCUGGGCCAGCAAGAUCCCCAACUACGACGUGCGCGAGCUCAUCAGCAACAUCCACCGCAUGCUGGAGGGCGAGGAGCCGCUGCCCAUGCUUCCAAACUACAAAGGCUUCAAAGGCACCAUCGACCAGGUGAUGAACAACCAGUUCAUGAACAGCGGAGAGAUUUCCAUCAUUGAUUCCACCACCGUCGAGAUCUCGGAGCUUCCCGUCAAAUCCUGGACCCAGGCCUACAAGGAGAACGUCCUGGAGCCGAUGCUGAACGGCACCGAGAAGGUUCCUCCUCUGAUCACAGACUACAAGGACUACCACACCGACACCACGGUGCGCUUCGUGGUCAAGAUGACGGAGGACAAGCUGAGGGAGGCGGAGGCCGCCGGCCUCCACAAAGUCUUCAAGCUGCAGAACUCGCUCACCUGCAACUCCAUGGUUCUCUUUGACCACGUGGGCAGCCUGAAGAAGUACGAGUCCGUGCAGGACGUUCUGAAGGACUUCUUCGAGCUGAGGAUGAAGUACUACGUGCUGAGGAAGGACUGGCUGGCGGGCAUGCUGGGAGCCGAGAGCGCCAAGCUCUCCAACCAGGCCCGCUUCAUCCUGGAGAAGAUCGAGGGCAAACUGGUGAUCGAAAACAAGCCGAAGAAGGAGCUGAUCGCAAUGCUGCAGAGGAUGGGCUACGACUCCGAUCCCGUCAAGGCUUGGAAGAAAGCUCAGGAGAAGGAUGAAGAGGUGGAGCAAGACAAGGAGGAAGAGGAGAAGGAAGACGCCACCGGACCCGACUACAACUACCUGCUGAGCAUGCCCAUGUGGUUCCUGACCAAGGAGAAGAAGGAGGAGCUGUGCAGACAGAGAGACGCCAAGCUGACGGAGCUGAACACCCUGAAGAAGAAGACUCCGUCCGACCUGUGGAAGGAAGACCUGGCUGCUUUCUCAGAGGAGCUGGAGCGUCUGGAGGCCAAGGAGAAGGAGGAGACCUACAUUGUGCCCACCAAGGGAAAAGGCAAGUCGCUGAAGGUGAAGCAGGAGACGCUGCCCACGCCGCAGGGCCGCCGCGUCAUCCCGCGAGUCACCAGCGCCAUGAAGGCCGACGCCAACAGGAAGGCCGACCUGAAGAGAGGAGAGGGCAAGAGAGGCGCCAAGGCCAAGGUGGCGGUGAAGAUGGAGUUCGGAGACGACGGCGAGCACACCAGCUCGGUGGAGGAGACCAGCCUGGUUGCACGGCUCGGCAAGAAAACAAAGACUCAGACCAAGGAGACAUCGUCGACCGGCAAGCAGACCACCCUUCAGUUCAAGCCCGUUAAGACGAAGGCGAACCCGUGGUCGGACGAGGAGUCGGCGAGUCAGUCCGACAGCGAGGCGGAGGUGGAGGAGGUGGAGGCGGCCCCCAGAAAGCGGGUGGCGCGCACGACCAAAGCGGCGGUGAAGUACAGCUUCUCCGACAGCGAGGAUGAGUUUGAAGACUGGGGCAAGAAGGAGGCCCCGAAGCGCAAAGCCAUGAUCAGCGACGACGACACCAGCUUCGCCCUGGAGCCCAGCCUCGCCUCCGACGACAACAUGGACUCUCCCGCCCCGCCUCCCAAGGCGCCGCAGCCCAAGAAAAAAGUGACCAAGAGCAAAUCGUCCUCCGAAGACGCGGGAGCCAGGACGAGCUCUCCGUCCGACAAUCAGGCGCCCGUGACCAAGGCUCCGGCUAAACGUAAACCCAAAGAGGCAGCGCCCAAGAAACCCGCCGCGGCCAAGAAGCCCGCCGCUCCCAGAAAGAAGGCAGCAGACGCCAAGCAGCCGUCCAUCCUGACCGCCCUGUCCAAACCCAAAGCUUCGUCCAGCGCCGCAGCCAAGAAGGCCCCCUCCUUGGACUCCAGCGACUCGGACGGCGAGGUCAAGGCUCCGGCUGCGAAGGCCAAACCGUUCCUGAAGCGGAAGCAGGUCGUGAGCGACGAGUCCGACUCCGACAGCAACUCGGACCUCAUGUCCCGCCUCAAAUCCAAACCCAAAGCAGCCAUCGCCGUCAAGAAAACCAAGAAUUGGGACGACGAUGACAGCUUCCAGGUCUUGGACGACGACGGCGCGGCUGAUGUUGUUGCCGUAUCGCCGAAGAACAAACCGGCCCGAGCCCGAAAACCCGUCACCUACAACCUGGACUCCGACUCGGACGAAGACUUCUAAUCAGAGGCUCACGCACACGUGUGUGUAUGUGUGUGUGUUUGUGUGUAUAGUGUUUUCAUGAGGAACAGAUUCAUUCAGCGUAUUACUGGCAGCUGAAGCCUCCAGUGUUUUUCGAUUAGCUGAAAUGAGGAGAAAACAGUUGUAGAAGAUUUUCCGUAGGUUUAGUUUUAACCUUCAUAACGUUUUUUCGAUUGUCUUUUCUAACGCUGUUUUUAUUGUUUUUUUGUCUUGUAAAUAUUUCUCUGGUUUCAUGUUCGUAGAAAUAAAGUGAAUAUU